CACACACGCACACACACACGAGAGCGCACAUACACACACACGCACACACACACGAGAGCGCACACACGCGCGCACACGCAGCACGACCCACUCGGCUCGUGACCGCACCGCUGAGCGGCUGCGUUUCAUCAGCAGCUCGCGGCAGAUCACGCAGGUAUCAGAGCUCUCAAACCCGACCAGGGAUCCAUCAAGGGUGUAUCCUGGCGUCUUCCGGAGAGCUGAAAAGACCUGCUCUUGCAUACCAAGGAUCAUCAAACGCAAGAGGGGAAUCUCAGCUUUGCUAAGCCCUCAAAGAACGUCCAUCGUGGAAAUUAUUCUGAAACGUCUUCCUUCUCAGAUUGGAUUCUUGCUGUCUUCACACUUUCUCGUGCACGUUGCCGAAAUCCACCUGAUGGGAUAAAAUGUUCUGCAUCCGACUGCGUUUCACCUGAAGAAAAUGUUCUUAACCAGUUGUCAAGUCUACUUAAUUUGAUGAUUUGAAGAAACUAUGAUUUUAAGGCAUGCUGGCGUGGUUUUGAGACUUGACUGAAGGAACAUUUCAGCAAGCUACAUUAAGAAGCGUGACUUUCCGUUUUCUCAGCCGGAUUGCUGAGGUUUGUGUCGUUAUCAAGGAUACAAUCAUGGUGAUGUCGCAGGGCACCUACACGUUCCUGGCGUGCUUUGCUGGAUUCUGGCUGAUAUGGGCCCUGAUCGUUAUGGUUUGCUGCUUCUGCAGCUUUGUGCAGCGUAAACUGAAGCGGCGGCGUGAGGAGAGGCUGAGGGAGCAGUGUCUGAGGGCCUUGGAGAUGGAGCCUUUGGAGUGUACAGGGGUAGGAUAUCCUCCGAGAGAACCACCUCAGUUCUGUCCACCAACUCAAAUGAUGUCUCCGCAGCUGCCAGUCGCUCAUACGAUUCCUCAAGGGAACUGGACACCACCACCAGCUCCCAUCCUCCCAGUGGAUAACGAUGCGUGUGGAAAACCUCCUUGCUACGAGGAGGCCGUUCUGAUGGAGGAUCCUCCUCCGCCUUACAGCGAGGUUCUUGCUGAUCCAAGAGGUGGAACUUACACUAAACCUGUCCUGAGGUCCUCCAGGGAGCAUCAGGAGUCCGAGACCAGAAAGAUGGCGCCCGUGACUGUGUUUUCCGAGCGUGGCUACUCGUCGCUGAUCCGCUUGCCCUCGGCCAGGCGCUGGGACUCACUGGACCACCUGCUGUCCAACGUGGACCUUAACCACUCCAGCAUGGCGCUGGAGCCGCACGCCUCGGCCAUGGCCACAAUGCCCCGCGACGGUCGCAUUCACAUGGACUUGGGCCUGCGCAGCUUACGGCCUCUGGACCACAGUUAUGGACUGCCCACUGCUUUCCCUCUCUUGGGCCGAAGCACGGCAGUGUGAACCUCCAUUUGCACCACCGUGUGCCAUUUUACGAGGGAAAUUGUCAGCCCUUCCUUCCGACAGGGUUAUUGAUUUGGAGAGAAAAGCUUCUUUGAAGAACUCAAAAGACUUUUCCGCUCAAUUUUUUUCUUCUCAAGCCGAAGAUUGUAUGACAGAUGUAUUUCUCUAGCUCUCUUUCUUUCUUUUGCUGUGUGGCGUCCCUGCCUGAUGCAGAGCCGUAGCUAUUAUGUGAGCAUUGUUGCCAUGGUUCCCAGGCCUCUCUUCUUCCCUUUCUUUUUUCCCCCUCAUUCUCCACAGCCUUGGACUGAUGUAAAAUAAGCAGGAUUUGAAAUUCUGUUUUGUAAACUAGAUCUAGCACAGGGCCACAGCAUAGCAAAACAUUCACAGUCUGUACUGUAGCCAUAUCAUAGCCUGGGAGUUGGUGUGUGUCAGAACAGCGGCUUAGCGUCUGAACGUUCAACUUUAAUUUGAAUCACGCAUCACUCCUUCUGGCUUUUGUUGAGGGGUGGCAUCUUUUCAGGGCAGCAAUCGGUUCACUGUAAUUUGAUCAGUGGUGCUCCAAAACGAGGUUUCAUUACCACAUUGAUCGAUGAUAUGCUUUUGUUAAAAAAAAAUUAAUAAUAAUCAUAAUAAUAAGCAACUGUCCUGGUGCAGUCUGACUCUCAGACGAGGUUCAUCAUGCUGCUCAAGUGUACAAAAUGUACUGUAUAAACUGUGAAAAAUGACCUUGCUGCUCUGACAAGGUAAAAGGUAAUGAAAUACAGAAAUCUGCACAAGGUUUUUUUUCUCCCUAACAGAAUCUAGUACACACACACACACACACACACACACACACACACACACACACACAGUACUGUGCAAAAGUCCUAGGCAUGUGUAAAGAAAUGCUGUAGACCAAAAAUGGCUUAAAAACGAGACCAUUGUAGAUGGUGUAGCUCACUCCGGCCCCGUCUAGUCCAGAAGGAACGAUCUCAAGCGGGCCACCUUGCGCAAUAAAUGUUGCACGCUGCAUACACUAUAUACAAGCUAUAUACAGAAGCGAUAUCCACCCUAGGAAUACCGAACUAUUUACCAGAAAGAAUCCAAAAUGGCGAGGAAUUGACCUUUUUGUUGAACUGCUCAUUAAGGCUUAAUUAGUCCAUAACGUCAUUAAUAAUUGUAAUGAAGCAAAUCUGGGUAGAAGUUAUAUGCACCCUAGGUCUCCCUACCUUCAUGCCAGAAAAAAUCAAAAUUGGUGAAGAAUUGAGGGAGAAGAAGCGAUUUGUGUGGAAAUUGCUCAUUAGAGAUUGAUUAAUUACUCCAUUUCUUCAUUAUUAAUUGCAGUUAUGCAAAUUCGUGUAGAAGUCAUAUGCACCCCAGGCAGACCUACCUUCCUGCCAAAAAGAAUAAAAAUUGGUGAAGAAUUGAGAGAGAAAAAGCGAUUUUCGUGAAAUGUGGACGAUGCUGGACGAACGACGGCCAACACGAUAGUGUAAACUCAUCACCUGUCGGCCGGAUGAGCUAAUAAUGAAAUGAAAUGUUUCAACAUUUAAAAAAGACUAUAAACAGUAAUCAGUAAGCCGUAAUAAAUCAAUAUAACAAAGUCAAUAUUUGGUGUGAGACGACCCAAAAAAUAAAUAAAAAAAAUCUCCGUCUCAGGUCCAGUGAGUGCAGUUUUAUGCGGAAAUGAGCUGUAGGUUUUACUGAGCGUCUUACAGAACCAGCCGCAGUUCUUCUGGACACUUUGUCACACUCGCUUCUUCAUUUUGCACCAAAACCCAGCAGCCUUCAUUAUGUUUCUUUUUUAAUCUGAAAAGUGCUCUCUUAUGGAAUAUGCUGCUCAGACAU